GUUUCUCUUUUCUUUCCUGCCUAUCGUGUGUGCAGUGUGCAUCUACAAAGAAGCAAAAAAAUAAGCAUCGUGUCAGAUCGUUUUAUGCGGCCAAUACAUUUGAUUUGUUCACGAAAAUUGUACCAGCAUUGGGUAUUAUAAAAGCCAAGGUGUCUGAUAGCGUUUAUGUUGAAAAUACAUCGGGUUUCAAGAUGAGUCGACCAUGGCUUUCAGAUGAUGUCCAGAUAAUUUCCGACUCGAGGUCAAGAUCCAGAUCUAGGUCGGGCUCUCGAUCAAAGUCAAAGAAAACCAAAGUGGACCAGUUUGGGCGUUCAUUGCCCUCGCGGUCUCGGAGUCGCAGUGGCAGUAGAGAUCGAAAUCCGAAUAAGUACAGAUCUGAUUCUCGUUACCAGAGUAGGGGAUCAGCUCGGGGUAGAAGUCGGUCGAGUCGAGAUUCAGGCCCCUCGGGAAGGGGAAGGGAGGGGAGAGAAGGCAAGCGGCGCAGACGGUCCAGUAGCAGCAGUAGUGGAAGUGAUAGUAGCAAUGCUUCAACACACUCUCGGCUAGUGGCUAGCUCGAAGCCAAAGUAUUUGAAUGCCCGAUUGUUUGUGGCAAAUAUUGUUUCCAAGGAGGUCACAAAAGAUGAGCUGGCCAAGCAUUUUGAGAAGUAUGGAAAUGUCGUGGAUAUCUUGGUUCAUCCCAAAAAUUAUGCCUUUAUUCAAUAUUUGAAGGAAGAUCAUGCAAAGCUUGCUGUUGAAGGAGAGAAUGGAAGUACACUGAAUGGUUGGAGGUUAGAUGUGAAAAUGGCAAAUGAAAACCGCGGCCGUGGAGGUGGUGUUUCAAGAGGUGGCCGUGGAGGAAGAGGGCGAGGUGGAGGAUGGGGCGGUAUGGACAGAGAUCGUUCUCCCCGACGUGAUGAUCCUGGGAUGGACCCGUAUGGCGAUCCCUAUGGGCCUCCUCCUGGCCCUCGAGGGCCCGGCCCGUAUCCCCCACCACCCCCAGGUGAUUAUGGCCUGAGAGAUCCCUUCUACCCGGACCCCUAUCGCAGAUAUCCACCGGAACCAUGGCUUCCCCCUCAUGAUGACCCUUAUCGCCGUGACCCGUAUGCUGACCCGUACCGAGACCCGUACAGAGCGCCAGCUCCCCCACCUCCUCCAGUCAUUGAGUGUGAAAUCUUUUUGGUCAACUCCAAAUUGAGGGCUUUUGGAGAGGCAGUUCAAGUGAGGAUCAAAGACCACAACAUCAUCACGGCUAUCUCGAUCAUACCAGAGGGGAGGACAGCUGCCCAGAUGACCGAAGAGCUGACCACACGCAAAGGUUUAUUCGCCAUCUUCAUCAACCCACAGAACGAGGUUCACCGCUCCCUCACCCUCAACAUUCUGCAUGGCACCCCUCAAGAACACAGAAAUAUGCCGCUCGACGAUGCGAUUGCUCUCGUUGGCCGCAGCUUCCAGAAAUACGUGGACGGUUUGAGAGAAAAGGCAAACGCAGCAGCGGCAAGCCCUCCUCCCAGCACAGUCGCUCCGGCCGCUGCCCCCGUGCGGGUGUUCUUGCCCCCGUCGAGCGAGGUGGCCUACCUCCUGAACCUUCUGGCGGACAACCGGGCGCUGACCGUGUCAGAGCUGGAGUCGGUGAUUAAGUACCUGCAGGAGCGGAGGGACAAGCUCAUUGACGCCGAGAGCCGGCCUAUCAUCACAGAUGAUGGUUACGUUAAGUCGUCUGCAAGCUAUAUGAAGUCACCGUCUGUGCAAAGGGAAACCACACCAGCUCCUGCCAAGGAGGCGGUCGAUCAACUCAAAGUCCAGCAAGAACUGACCAACAAAAUCUUGAGCAUCUUCAAUGGGGCAGGAGGAAACAUUCAAGGAGUGCCCCCGGCCAGCUCUGUGGCCGUCGCGGCGGAGCCCCGAGGUACCCCAGCCCCCCAGACCUCUGCCGGUUCUUCGGGGGGCUCCGGGGCCAACCUCAUCAACUUUGACAACCCGAAUGUGCAGGCAGCACUGGACAACCUGAUUCAGAGCAGCCCCAGCCUGCUGAAGAACAUCAACACCAACGCGGCCACGUCCCAGCCUCCGGUGGCCAGCAGCGCCGCUGUCUCCAGCAGUCAGGGCAGAGGUUUGGUGGCGGGCGCUGCUGCUUCUGCUGCUACCUCCGCCCCAGCCCCGCCUCCGGCUGGCUACCCACCCCCGGGCCCACCCCCACCCUCGAGUCGCGGCGGAUAUCCUGGGGGGUAUCCCCCACCUCCAAUGUCAGGCUACGGCCCGCCGGGGGCUAUGGGCUACGGACAUCCACCAGGGGGCGCUCAGUAUUGACAGGUUCCGUGUUGCGGCAGAAAAAUGGUGUUGGAGAGAUUGUUAAAUAAAUGUGAAACUGUUCUUUGAAAAGAAGUUUCUUUGGUCUUGACUAAGAAACUCUCAUUAAAAAUUUUUUAAUGUUUUUUGGAAAUUAAAAAUCAUCGUUGAGGUAAACUUGCAGUUGUUUUACGUUUCAUUAAACAUUACGCUAUUUGUAUUUGUAUAGUUUUUGUUUGUGUUUUUUCAUUCCUUUUUUAGUCCUUGACUUGAUCUGGUGCGUUUGAUGUUACCUUUUGAUAAAAACAUGUAUUUCGUUGUGACUGACAAUAAAUUUUUAUUGUCCUCUUCUCGUUUGUUGUUUCCAAAUUGUAGAAUAUUUUUCUUGUUCCCAGAUAGUUGUAUCUAAUAAAGUGAACCUCUCUUACAACAAGAUUUUUCACCCCAAACGUUUGUAGGAAGUACUGAUGUGAAGACGACAAUCUGGCCGAUGAUGCUCAUUUUGCUUGGCUGCGCUUGUUGGGCGAUUAGCGCUUCUCAUUCUUUUUUAUGUAAUUCUCCCUGUGUACAUAUUUAUGACUUCAAUUCCUUUCUGACUCGACCAUACUUUUUUUUUCCUCAAAAUAAGUCACUCCAUCUUUUAUUCAUCUUCUCAUAAAAAACUUUCUCCAGGUAUAGAGCUGUCCCCGCAGUUUUAUGAAAGAAAAAAAAUCAGAAAUUAUUCCAACUGAGACCAAAAA